AUGACUUCAGAAACGCCGCUGUACGGCGCUGGGCCGCCGAAUGCCAGCAAGAGUCUCAACUCGUUGGAAAACGGAGCUCUCCCCACGCAUAUCGAGGCAUGCUUUGAAGGGGCGUUCGAACUGGUUUCUGAAGAGUCGCCAUUUCAGGGACUGCUAUCGCAGUGCUCGGAACAAUUGGUGGACUGCCAAAGAAAAAAAACGACGUACCUACGCAUCGAGCUCUGCGUUACGGUAGAACUAUCCCGCCUUGGCAUCCGGGGAAGUAUCAUUGUUCAUAACGGCUCUGGUACACGAUCCACAUGGCUCUAUGCUCGCCGCCACUUCGAAGAUAUGCCUCCCGAGCGAGAGCAAAUAGUUGUAGGCUACAAGCCUGCCGGAGUCGAUGAGAUGGUGCUGUUUGAUUUCGCGUUCUUCGCGCACAAGCUUGGAUUCAGAACCACUGAAAUUGAAAAGCUGCUCCAGGACCAGUUCCAUUUCGAGGAUAUCAAGUCAAGCAUCUCUGUUAUCACAGGUGUAAUAGAAACAGCUGGCCUCGUUUCCAAUAACCAAGCUGUUAAUGUGGACGAGCAUGAGCCGCGCCCAAAGCACGAGGCGUCUAUAACGCUUAAGCAACGGGAGGUGGAACAGGUCAUUCGACUCGAGAGCCUCGCGGCCAAUGAGCGAAAGCACUAUGCUCGUAAUACGCAACUGGAACAGUCUCGAGCGGAUGUAGGAGGAGAAAUACGGCUGGAUCGUGUUACCACCACCAUUGACCAGCCAACUGAAGAUGACGACGUCAGUGAGACAGAACGACUGCUGCAGGUAUCGGCGCAGCUUAGUGAAAAGCAGAACGAGCUGAACAGGCUAGAGGGGAUAGAACGCAACAAGCGCUUGGUCAUUCGACAAUUGGAGGAAGAGGAAGUGCGGUUACGUUCCUCCAUCCAUGGUCUGUCAAUUACAGUCAGAGCGCUCACAGAAGACGAACAGGCGAAAGUUGACUCGAUAGCGUCACCGAAAGAACAACAACACUCCACUAACAACAAGCUCGUGGAGAAGGAGAUGCGCUUGCGACAGAAUAUUGACCUUCUGGAAGUAUGCCGAGAGCGCCUGGAGGCGGAUAUCAAAGCUGCCACGGAGGAGAAGGAUAUUUUGUCUCAUGCGCUUUUGGCUGAGAAACAAAUUGUGAAUUCUACAGAUAUGCGUGGGGGAAGCCAAGACAUUGAUGAGCUUCGGAGCGACGCCAACCUUUGGAGAACGUACCAUUAA